GAUCGCUGUGGUUUAUUAGCCGCUCUGGCAUUGGCCCGGGAGUCGCUGCUGCAGGGGGAACUGGGCACUGCGAUAUGGGCAUUGCUGCACGAGUGGAUCAUUGCUGGGAUUAUAGUGACACACAGCCUGAGCCCCGGCAGCCAUGCACAGUGAACCUUUGAUCCUCCAUGUUGUGUUGGAGUUGAAGUAGGAGAUCAGUAUGCCGCAGAACUUGGCACCUACGACCCCAUCAGUUGCUGUCACAUUUCUUCUCUUUCUCUACACGGUGUCACUGAACGCGCAGUCUCUACCUGGGAAACCCGUGAUCGAUAAAUGCCGCUCUUACGAAAAAGUGACUUUUUCCUGCUGGUGGAAACCAGGCUCAGAUGGAGGACUUCCGACCAACUACAGCCUCCUCUACAGAAAAGAAAAUGACCCAAAGAUUUAUGAAUGCCCGGACUACGUGACCUCCGGCCUAAACUCUUGCUUCUUUGACAAAGCGCACACCUCGUUUUGGAUCUUUUAUCACAUCUAUGUGAAUGCUACCAAUGCCCUGGGAAGCAAUGUGUCUGACGAAGAGAGCGUGGAUACAACUUACAUAGUUCAGCCAUACCCUCCUACAAAUGUGUCGCUUGCUGUUGAAAGUGGACACCAUGACCUGUUAUUGAAGUGGCUUCCACCUGCCAUGGUUGAUGUGCAAUCAGGAUGGUUAACCCUCAAGUACGAAGUGAGAUAUAAAGAAGAGAAAGAGCAGGAAUGGGAGGCACAUUUAGUUGGCAAUCAGUUAAAACUCAAGCUGUUUGGUUUAACUCCAGGAGGGAACUAUGUUGUCCAAGUCCGAUGCAAACCAGAUUCAGGGCAUUGGAGUGAAUGGAGCACAGAAAGUUAUAUACAGAUCCCUGGUGGGGGAAAGAAAACUGACUUGACACUGUGGAUAUCAAUUGGUGCAUUAUCAGCUGUGAUUUGCUUGACAAUGAUCUGGACUAUGGCAUUAAAAAGAUGCAGUUUGAUGUCUUGUAUAUUGCCACCUGUGCCUGGACCAAAAAUUAUGGGAUUUGACACUCAGCUCCUGAAGAGCGGGAAAUCUGAUGAGCUUUUGAGUGCUCUUGGCUGUCAAGGUUUUCCCCCAACCUCAGACUAUGAUGAUCUUCUAGUGGAGUUCCUAGAAGUAGACGACAGCAAGCAGCAUCUCAUAGCGAGUCGCGAUCAGAGUCAACAAAAGCAGAAUAUAAAAGUCUGCCCGGCCGAUACAGACAAUGACUCCGGAAGAGGAAGCUGUGACAGCCCCUUUUCCCAUUCCGAAGGUUGUAAAGAACUUCGGAACCUUCAACCAGGUGUUGAUAGUACAGACAGAGGAAUCCAUGACCAUUGGCCACCUCAGAAUACAGUGAUGGAUGGGUCCUUUACAAAUUUUAGUGACAACAAGUCAAACAUGUGGCCAGAUGUUCCGUCGACUGGGAACCAAAUUUCGAAGUCAUCCUAUCAGGAUAUAAAAGAUAUUACGAAUCUGGCUAUCAGUGCCAUGACCGCCAGCCAGCAUGAGCUUUUGAUCCCAUGCAAUGACAAGAACCAGCUAAGAUGCUUUAAAACCAUAGAGAUCAUUGAUGAAGAAAAAACCACAAAGCCUAGUGACUUUGAAGACUUGCGAUCCAAAGGUGUUGAAGCAGACACAGUGCACUUGGUACCCAAUGAUAAGCCUCCCUUUCUGCCUGCUAGAACGAUGGACUAUGUGGAAGUCCACAAAGUCAGCCAAAACAAUGCACUAGCACUCAUACCAAAACACAAUGAAAACAGCGUCAGGACUGACCAAUAUUCAGUUCUUGUCCCCAACAGGGAAUAUACAAAAGUGGAGAGGGUGGAGGGUAACAAUGUGUUAGUGUUAAUGCAAGAGAUGGUCAAUCAGGUCAAUCCUGUAACCAUCGAAUCAACAAAACUGAAGUUCCAGCAAAGCCAAUCGGCGAAUCCUAUGAACAUGUUCUCUCUAGCGCAGAAUGGGGAAAGUCGAACUCAAGCUGGUGGGAUGGGUUACAUGGAUCCUUCAGCUUUUCUUUCUUAAUCCAGUUGAGACUUUUUUGUACUAUUCCCCCCCAAUCAGGUAAUCAAAACCGUUGGAUUCCUAGCACUAAAUACGACUUCAACGCUACUUGCACAGAGACCUCCGCUUCGUAUUUAGAACUUCUCAGAUAUUUUAAGAUCAAGACAGAACAAAUGAAUAAUUUAAUCUUAUUUUUUUUUUUUUUUUUGGUUCUUUCAUAGCUGCUUUUAUUAUUUUGUCACUUUAUAUAAAUUUGAUGGACUCUCUUCUGUUACUGGAGGUAUAAAAGGGAUUGUUGCAAUCGCCAAAAACAAAAAAAAGCACUUAAAAAAACAAAAACAAAAAGAAAUACGACUGUGUAUAGCAAUAUAUAUGGUUUUAUUUUUCUGUACAGCCAGGCGUGAAAAUGUUACAUAUUUCAGUCGUUUUCUGCCCUAGAACUGUCACUCACACAAUGAAAAUGAAUAACAGAAUUUUAGAAAUGUGAAACCCCGAAAGCCGAGAGGUUGUAUCUUUAUUUGCUAUUCUUUCAUGAUUUUAGUGGCGUUGUUCCUUUCCUCUUCACGUGCAAAUGAAAAUUUUCAUCUAAAUCACUAACUCUAACUAAAGCACUUUAUACGGCAAAAUAACUGAAGUGCCAUGUGGUAAGAUACAGAAACCAUUUUAUUUGUUCAUAUUUAAUAUAUAUAUAUGCAGAUUUGCUAUUUUUCUUGGAUUGGUUGCCUAUGAAAGCUGCCAGGUAUUUCAUUUCAGCUGUAUAGACUGAAUGUCUUUCCAUGGCUAAAGUAUAUGUUCCUCUUAUAUAUAUAUACAGUAUAAAGCUUUUACUUUUCAACAACA